AUGGGGUGUACGCCUUCCCACAGUGACAUUGUUAACAGUGUGGCUAAGAGUGGCAUCCAGUUUUUUAAAAAGCCCAAAGCGAUUCUGCCAGGAAGCCAGGGGGCCAGUGAGAGAGGCUCCAUCCCUUUGCUGGUUCAAAGCUCUAUCUGCUAUGACUCUGGGGGGGACUUGUCCCAAGGACAGAGACCAACAGAGGUGCAGCCAGGUCCCAGGUGGACCCAAACCAUGGCUGAAGGUCAUUGUCAGCUCACAAGAGAUUCCACUGCAGGCAAAAAGAAAGAUCUGGACGGACUGACCCCAGAAACCCAAACGUCCCCAUCCCAGCUGAACAAAUCACAAAGCUACAUGGCUAAGGACAUUCCAUUCAAGGCACAGAGCUCCCACAAGUCACAAGGGGCAGCCUUUUCUGGGGAAGAGAGUGCAGAAAGCAACACCCAGGAGACCCCCACGUGGGGAAAGAAGUCAAAAUGCCACAGGUCAAGGCAACAGGACCUUCGUUGCCAAAGCACCCUUCCUGCUCACGGGUCUGAAGGCAAAGUGGAUUUCCCCGAGCCCCUAGUGAAGGCCCACCAGCACGCGUACACCUAUCUGCACUCCUGCCUCUCCAAAUACGAAGCGAUUCUGCGCCUCACCCAUCAGGCCACCCGGACCCAGGAGCUGCUGCAGCCCAUGGUCAGCUUCCUGCUGCUGUGCUCAGAUGAGGUCAACCAGCUCUUGGGGGAGAUCUCCAAGGACGGAGAGGUGCUCCUCCGGGAAGUCGGGGAGGAUCUGGCUUGGCCGCAGAGGAAAGGGGAGUCCCAGGAGCAGCCGGACCUCCUGCAGCAGCUUCUGCAGUACACAGUCAGCAGGCUGCAGGUACUCGGUGGCACGGUGGCCUCACUCACUGGUAGCUUCCUGGAGGGCUCCAGUAGCUACCUCCAAGCCACUGCGAGCCACUUGGGAAAUAAGCUGAGCACAAAGAGGGGUAUGGAUGAGUGCUUCCUACAGGCUCUGGGGCAGCUGGAAAGCUUGGCGAGUGGCCACAGGGACCCUGGGGUGCAGAGUCCACCCUUGUGCUCUGAGGACAGUGGCAUUGGUGCAGACAGUGAGUCUGUGCACCUGGUGGACAAGCUGGGCAAGCAAGCCAGCUGGGACUUAACGUCAGAGCCUGCAGAAUGGAAGCCAGGGAUCUCACCCACAGUGGAGGCCAGGCUGUUGGGACAUACCUGGCAGCAAAGCCCAUUCUGGAUGGGUUCAGACAGACCCCAGGACUGCCCACUCUCGAGGCCCCCUACGGCCAAGGUUCAGCCAGCAGCACAGGGUGGAGCAGCGAGCGCGGGCCCCUGCAUCUCAGGCUCAGAAAAUGCCACCUCCAGACCUCCGGGGCUGGGCAAAAGCAAUUCAUGUGACACCUUUGGGGCAGGGAUCUCCGUGGAAGCACGACUUUCUAAAGGCUCCGGGUUGAUGGACGCUCCAUCCCUCAGCGAAGGGGAAGGCAGCACUGCAGGGGAGGAGGAAGACGACUCCCCACAGAGGCCUCAGUCUUUACCUGCUGGACCGGAGAGCCCGUUUCAGCCACAUCCCAGGAGGCUUAGGAGCCCCCGAGCGCAGGAAAUGAUUCUGAAGAUGAAAGAAGCCAUCAGCGAAAGGAUCAAGUUUGUCCCCGUGUCCUCUGGGCACCAGGAUUGGGCUGAGGAGGAGGAGAGGACAUUGGUCCCACCAAGACCCAGCACUCUCAGUGGCAGCAGGGGGUCCCCCACGAGGCAGAAGAGGUCCCAGUCAGAGGCGUGUCUCAGGAGCCACAUGGAGGAGCCCACCCUCCAGGCGCUGCAGAGGGCGCAGAGAGACCUGAGCCAGCGGCUGGAAGCGUUCUGUGCCCUGGGCGCACAGCGGCAGGGGCGGAGCGGGGAGCAGGUGCCCGACAACCACUGCAGGGCCACCCCGAGCAGCACCACCAGCAAGCUGAAGGCAUCUCUGACCAAGGGCUUCAGCAUUUUGCCAAGUCAGGACAAGAGCAUUUUGCAGAAAUGCAGUCCCCACCCUGAGGGUGAACGGCCCUGGCAGCGGAAAGCUGAGGGGCUUCCAAAUGCCAUCCCACCAGGGGAGAGGGCCAGGGAGGUUCCCAGGGCCAUAGACUGGAACGUCAGGAGCCAUCCCACCAGAACAUCAGUCAGGGAACUCAUUGAAACUUUCAGUCCCACUAAGAGUCUGCGGACACCAGGGGAGUCCAAAGACUCUCGGCUGAGCCCUAGCCUCAAGAAGUGGGGGGUCCCCAUCAUGCCCCCCAGAUUUCCCAUUUACAGGGGCCUUGCCCCUUUGUAUCCAAAGCCCCAAGUUUCUCCAGCAGUGGGCCCAGGCUGGAGGCCCUUCGCUCCUGCCUUUCCCCCUUUGCUGACAGCGGCCACGAGGGAGGACCUCCACUGUGAAAUGGAGGACCCAGAGCACCUCCCACCUCCACCUCUGGAGAUCCUGAUGGACAAGUCAUUUACUUCUCUGGAGCCCCCUGAAAGCAGCAAGCACGCAGGGAGCUCUCCUGAAGGGACCCAUGUGCCAGGGCUGGGAGAGGCUGACCCUGCCCAGAGAUCGUGGGCUUCCCCGAAGCUAAGAGCUUCCAUGAGCCCCGCUGACCUACUGCCCAGCAGGAGCACCGCCACCCCCACCAGGCCCUGCAGCACAGAGCCAGGGGGCAGCAGGAGUGGCUGCAGUCCUGGAAAGCUGGCCUUGGACCUCAACCCCCCGCCUGCAAUCAGCCGGAACCCAGAGGUGGAGGGCGGUGGGGUGCAGGGUCAGGCACCAUUGGACAGGGCUGUGAGCCUCUCCAAGCAGCCCCGGAAGGCAGUCCCCUGGCACCACUCCAGCCACACAUCUGGGCAGAACAGGCCCUCAGAACCCAGCCUGCCCAGACCAAUUCGGAGGCCACAUUCUUUUGAGGUCAGGAAGGCCUCUCCUACGAGGACACACUGGGCUCCCAGAACAGACAAGAGGCACCCAAGCCUGCCCUCCUCUCACCGACCUGCUCAGCCAAGUGUCCCCUCUGUGCACAGGUCUCACAGCCCAACAAGCAGCCCUCUGGCGAGCCCCAGGGCACUAAGCCCUGCAACAGUAAUGAAAGGAGCUUCCCCGCCACCCCAGCACAAGCUGCCCAGCCCUCCCCCUGAGAGCCCAGCUGCUCAGCACAGGAUCUCCAACCCCCCAACCCAGCACACAGAAGUGAGAUCCCCUGCCUCUGGCCCUUCUCCACCCCCUCCAGUGUCCCCCCCUGAGGGGCACAAGGAAACAAGAGAUUCUGAAGACAGUCAGGUGGCCACAGCCAAAGCAUCUGGGAACACAUGUUCCAUAUUCUGCCCAGCCACCUCCUCUCUGUUUGAAGCUAAACCGCCAUUCUCAACAGCCCACCCACUCACCCUGUCAUUGCCAUCUGAAGCCGGGGGCCCUCCUGAGCCCCCCACAGGAUGCUGGAGGAGCAGCUCGGGGCCACGACUAAGGGGGGCCUCCCAGCGGGGAAUGACCCUGUGUGCUCUCAACCCUCAGCCCUUCGUCAGAAGGACAGCUUCGGAACACCAGCCAGGUGUCCGCCUUCGCCUGCCUGUUCCAGGUGCCACUGGCCACGCCUGUGAACCCCAGCUUGGCCAGAGCAGCAGCAGUGAGGAGAGCCCCAGGAAGGACACAGAGCCAGGGAGCGGCCCCUGUGCCCUAGAACUAAAGGGAGGCAGCAGGGCUGCGUCUCCCCCAGAACUCUGCGUGCUGGGCCACGGGCUGCACCGGGAGGCCAUCGCCCGCCGCACCCAGGACAAGCCGCAGCAGAAGGAAGUGGCCUGA